UGACAGUGUAUGAACUCAUAUGGUGAAGAGAAGCAAACCGAAGUGCAUGAAGAGUGGAAACUGAAGAACAAGCGCACAGAAAUGGAUCCAAAAUGGGUUUCUGUUGUCUUCCUCAUCUCAGCUGUCUGUGGUGUAUCUGCAUACGUUCCUCAUCGGUAUCACUUUGUGAAUGAGAAUAAAAACUGGACUGAAGCUCAGAGCUACUGCAGACAGAACUACACUGAUCUGGCCACCAUCAACAACAUGGAGGAGAUGAAGAAGCUGAAUGCUACUCUGAACAACAAACCUAGUAGCCCUGUUUGGAUUGGUCUAGUCAGAGGGAACACUGGGAAAUGGCUGUGGUCUCUAGCAGAUGAAAGUUUCUACAGGGAGGGAGACACGUACAGAAACUGGAACAGUGGAGAGCCAAACAAUAAUCCGUGGAAACAAUACUAUGUAGCAGUGAAGAAGGAUACUGGAACCUGGACUGAUGAAAGCUAUGAUAAAUCAAACACUUUUGUGUGUUAUGACCAAAACAAGACAAACAGUGCUAGAUACAUAUUUGAUUAAUGAGACAAAGAGCUGGCGUGUUGCUCAGAGCUACUGCAGAGAACAUUACACAGACCUAGCCAGUGUGAGGAACCAGACUGAGAACGAAGAGAUCUGGAAAUCUGCAACACAUUCAAUUACUGGUGUAGUUUGGAUCGGCCUGUUCAAUGACUCCUGGACGUGGUCAGAUCAAAGUAACUCCUCAUUCAGAAACUGGCCAUCUAACCAGCCAUUUAGUCAGGACUGGCAGCAGAACUGUGCUGCAGUGUCAAUGACUGACCAGGGUCUUUGGCGUGAUGUGAACUGCGAAACAAAGAACCCUUUCAUCUGCCAUGAGAAUAAGCUGAUCUUGAUCAAUCAGAAUCUGGCCUGGAGAGAAGCUCUGAGAUACUGCAGAGUGAAUCAUGUGGAUCUGGUCUCUGUUCACUCUGAGGAGAUCCAGCUCUGGGUGAAGGAGGUGGCACAGAAAGCCUCCACUGAACAUGUGUGGCUGGGUCUGCGUCACACCUGCACCCUCAGCCUCUGGUUCUGGUUGAGUGGAGAGUUUAUUUGCUACCAGAACUGGGCCCCAGGUAGCAGGACAGGAGGAGAAGACUGCAGCUCUUUAGAGAGAACUGGAGCGGUGCAAUCUAGAGGAGGUCAGCAGUGGGUCAGCCUGCCUGAGGACCAGAAACUCAACUUCAUCUGCACCACCUAUGAAGACUGAAACCAGGUGGAUCCUCUUCCAUAACCAGCAUCAGCAGAUCUACAGUUUUAUCAUUUUUAUUUGCUUUUCUUGAUAGCGAGGGUUGUAUUAAUCUACCAAAAUUAAUGUUUCAUAUAGUCCUGUGUUUUUAGUAUGCAGAUUUUACCUUUUUAUACAUCAAAGCUAUAAUAGACCUCAUUCCUGAACCACGUCCAGAAUGCAAUAUAAUUUAAGCAUCAAUAUUUCAUAAAAUAACUUUGAGUGUAAAUUGUAUGCCUGUCUUAUC